GCGAGAGCCCGGGAAGUUGAACCCGCCGCCAUCUGGCGAAGGCGAAUGUGAUGUGACUGUUGCUGGUGUGAAUAUCCGAAGCCACCGAACGUCCUCUCCUCGUAACUGAGGGUUAUUUUAAUUUGGGAUUCCCCUCCCCUCCCCCAGCCCUCCCUCCUCCCCCUCCCGCUCCCGAAAUAAAACCGACGGGACCCAGAAGGGGAGGCUCCCCGCCCGGCCCACCCGCGCGCACCCACGACUCCUGCGUUCCCGUAAUGUGCAGUGCGGACCGGGAGCGCGCUGGACACAAGCUGCGACAUUUAGGUAACGUGCUUCGGAGGAAGGAGGCCGAGGACCGGGCUGGCUCUUCCUGUGCGCUCCAGAUUUGUCGGUGUUAAUGCAUCUGAUAUCAACUAUUCAGCUGGCCGAUACGACCCUUCAGUCAAGACCCCCUUUGAUGUAGGUUUUGAAGGUGUGGGAGAGGUGGUGGCCUUAGGCCUCUCUGCUAGUGCCAGGUACACUGUGGGCCAAGCUGUGGCAUACAUGGCACCCGGCUCUUUUGCUGAGUAUACUGUGGUGCCUGCUAGUGCCGCAGCUCCGGUGCCCUCCGUGAAACCUGAGUAUGUCACCCUGCCAGUAAGUGGUACCACCGCAUAUAUCAGCCUCAACGAGCUCGGAGGACUGUCAGAAGGGAAAAAAGUUCUGGUGACAGCAGCAGCUGGGGGGACAGGCCAGUUUGCUGUGCAGCUUGCAAAGAAGGCCAAGUGCCAUGUUAUUGGAACCUGCUCUUCUGACAAAAAGUCUGCUUUUCUGAAAUCGAUUGGCUGUGAUCGUCCCAUCAACUAUCACACUGAGCAUGUCAGUACUGUCCUGAAGCAGGAGUACCCCACAGGUGUCGAUGUGGUGUAUGAAUCCGUCGGGGGAGCCAUGUUUGACUUGGCCGUAGAUGCCUUAGCUAUCAAAGGGCGCUUGAUAGUAAUUGGGUUUGUCUCUGGCUACCAAACUCCUACUGGCCUUUCGCCUGUGAAAGCAGGAACAUUACCAGCCAAACUGCUGAAGAAAUCUGCCAGCGUCCAGGGCUUCUUCUUGAACCAUUCCCUUUCUAAGUAUCAAGCAGCCAUGGACCACUUGCUCAAGAUGUAUGCGGGUGGAGACCUGGUUUGUGAGGUGGACCUCGGAGAUCUGUCUGUGGAGGGCAGGUUUCGUGGCCUGGAGUCUGUAUUCCGGGCUGUUGAUUAUAUGUACAUGGGAAAAAACACUGGAAAAAUUGUAGUUGAAUUACCUCGCUCUGUCAACAGUAAGCUGUGAAAACAGAACAAUGACAUAAAUCAAAGGAGAAAGAAAAUGGGCACUUUAUUCCUCAGAAUUACUCAAAUCGAGUGAUUUGUAGUUGGUUCAUGGGUAUAAUAUUUCUUGAAACAAAAGUAAGGUGUUAAUGAAUAAGUUUCUCUUUCUCUUUCUUUUCUUUUUCCCCUCCCUUGAAAAAAAUGCUAAUAAAAACUUCUCUUGAUGGCU